ACUACUGGGUUUGUUCCAUUGUAUCCUGCAGCGUCUUUCACUGACAGUAGAGCCAGAAUGGAGUAUCACCACACCUCAGAGAUGAACGGUGUAGUUGCAGAUUACCAUAGCAUGUGCAACGAGCCUGAACGCAACGGUUUGUGCAGAGAAGAGAAGCACUCCGAGGACGCUGCAGAUUCAAACAACCUGUGUCACAUUGAGAAAGCUUACAGCACCAUACUGAGUGAGCUUGGAGAGGACGUGGACCGGGAGGGACUUUUACGUACACCACUACGAGCAGCCAAAGCCAUGCAGUUCCUCACCAAAGGCUACAAAGAAACGACCCAAGAUAUCUUAAACGAUGCAAUCUUUGAUGAAGACCAUGAAGAGAUGGUGAUUGUUAAGGACAUCGAGCUGUUCUCUCUCUGUGAACAUCACCUGGUGCCUUUCUAUGGCAAGGCUCAUAUAGCAUACCUCCCAAAUAAGAAAGUGGUUGGCCUCAGCAAACUUGCAAGAAUUGUUGAGAUCUACAGCAGGAGGCUUCAAGUUCAGGAGCGUCUAACCAAACAGAUCGCUUCAGCCAUCUCUGAGGCGCUGGAGCCUGCUGGAGUGGCAGUGGUGAUUGAGGCUGCUCACAUGUGCAUGGUGAUGAGAGGUGUGCAGAAGAUGAACGCCAGUACUGUUACCAGUGUCAUGCUGGGAAGGUUUUAUGAUGAUCCCAAGGCCAGGAAGGAGUUUCUUACUCUGACACUGAAGAAGUGAGGAAUACAUCAGCCCGCUUUCAGUGAAUUACUGCCUUUCUCAAGCUAAUUUUUUUGUAUGUAUAUAUCAUAUUUAAAUGUCUUUUGUCCGAACAUUCACUCACUGUGGUAAAUUAACAACUGUUUGUUACAUUUAAUCAAUGUAACGGUGACAUGGUGCUUCAAGAACAACUUCCAAUUCCAAUAAACACUAAGGUGUUGC